AAACAAAGCAACAUGGAUUCAAUAAGCUCUAUUUCAAAGGGAGUUUUUGUGUUUAAAAAAUGGUCCCAAAAUUAAAAAACGUGCUUAGGAAAGAGAAACAAGUACUUGCUAAUAAAGAAAACGAUAAUGAUAUGAAUUAUCUCGCUUAUAAAAAUAUGUGGAUAAAGACUGAGGAACGAAUUGAGGAAAUUCAAAGUAAAUACUAUAAUGUUGUUCUAUCAAGUCUCCUUGAAUUUAUAAGAAAAAUACAGUUUAAUAAUGCUGGUCACUUAAAGACAGUUCUAUUAUUAACUGGAAUUAAUCAGAUAGAUCACUUGAAACAAUUCAAACUAGUUUCAAAGCAAAUUGAAAACAACGUUCCUAGUAUUGUCAGUGUUCUGCAAUCAAGAAACUGUCCUUCAGUCAAACAUGCAGUAGAAUUUCUCGUAAACGAGUUUAUAAAUCAAUAUGAUAAAAAAACUGUCACAAAGUUGAAAAGGAAUCAAUUGUCUAUGUGUAUGCUACAAUCGUGGUAUCUAGAGGAGUUCCAAGCGUCAAAUGAACGACCAAAACUGAUAAUUAUAAUGACAGAUUUUGAGCAAUUUAACAAAACAAUAGUACAGGAUCUCAUUAACAUUUUAUGUUUUUAUGCUAGUAAUCUUCCAUUUAUUCUUAUUUUGGGUAUUGCUACAGCUUUUAAAUCUGUGCAAAAUAUUCUACCAUCAGAAAUUACAAACAAGAUGGACAUAAAUAUUUUUGAAAACGAAUCGUCUACAGAUAUGCUGAACAGGAUAAUUGAUAAAACCAUUUUAAGCUAUCGCAGUCCUUUUCAUUUAUCGGGAAAGUCAUUUAAAGUUCUCAUGGAUAUUUUCUUAUUUUAUGAUUAUUCUCUAUUGAGUUUUAUCCAAGGAUAUAAAAUUUUUAUGUUGGAACAUUUCUGUUUUUCUAACUUUGGUUCAAUUAUAUAUAAAUUUCAUGACGAAAACAUCGAUAAAUGGACUCAUGACGAAUGCGAAACGAUCCGACGAUCUUGCUUUUCAUUCAGAAAGUUUGCGGAAGCAAGAAAAAUUCAAGAAGAUCGUGUAAAUUUUCUUUUAAAUGACGAGUUUUUCAAGAGAAAAAUGGGAAAAAGAAUUUCAAAAAUAACAUUUUUCUGGUAUUUUUUCUAUUGUCAUUUGAAAAUUCUUAGCAUUUUAUUUGAAGAUUUACCUCAACAUGAGCUUGGAAAGCUUCCAAGAGAAUUGUAUCCAAUAUGUAUCACAAAUGACAUCACUAAACUUGACGAGUACAAAGAAAUGUUUAAGCUUUUAAAGUUUGUUUCCAAGGAAAAAAUCCUCAUUAAAUUGGAAAAGAUAAUAGAAGUCAUUGAAUAUUUCGUACAAGAUACACAGCAAGAAGAAUUGAGGACUAAGAUGAGACAGCUCAAAGAACCCUUCGUAUAUUUUUACAAAAACAUUGAAGAAAGUGGAAUAAACACAAUCACUAAUACACCCGCAUCAACUCAUGAGAGAUUUGAACUGAAAAAGAAAGGUGCUUCAGGAAGACAAGAAAUGAUGGAGAAACUAAAAGAAAUGGCUAAGCAUAAUAUUGCACCAGUUGUAACAAAAUAUGAGCAAGCUCUUUGGGAAUGCAUUGAUUAUAUAAACAGAAAGAUGGAAAAGUAUCUAAGACCAUUGCAAGAAGCACCAUUUUUUUAUGAACUCACCGUUUUCUGUAACUAUUAUUCAAUUAGAAAGCAAAUUAUGGGCAUUCCUCGAGGAGCAUUACAUCAAGCAUUGUCUAAUCCUCAUAUAUAUAUGCAGUGUUCUUGUUGCAAGAUUCCAGAACAAGAGCGCAUUUUGCCUUCGCUUCCUGACAUUUCAAUUGUUUAUAAACUUCACCUUGAAUGUAACAAGUUCAUCAGUUUAUAUGAUUGGCUUCAAAGUUUCGCUACAAUUAUUGAAUAUAAUGAAGAUGAAGAUCAUAUUAGUCCAGAAGUUCAAGCACGUUUCACAAGAUCAAUCGCCGAAUUACAAUUCUUAGGAUUCAUCAAACAAUCAAAGCACAAGACUGACACUGCUGCUAGACUAACUUGGUAAAUUUGAGUGUUUUUUUACAUUUUUCUUCUUUCUUAAUAAAUAAAGUCAAUUUUCUUAAGCAACUAUAAAAAAUCAUCAUUGAAAUAAACUUUACGAU